CACACUUCACACAUCCUAACAAGAGUUAUUACACAGGGAACCGGAGAGUUUAGACAGAGACCCAGAGAAGACUUCAAACGGGGAAGAGGGGCUCUGGAGAGACUUGCAGGAGCACACACGACACAACUCAGUCAUUAAAAGAGAUUGUGGGAUUUUAACAUAUACUAAGUGAAAUUAAGGAUACGUCUUAAUUGACAUGACCAUUUAACUUGGGGGAACAAAAAUAACUCAAAAAGCUUAGGACUCAGUGCAAAAAAAUCAACAGUUACUGCGUUUAUUGAUUUAAGAACAUUUUAAACAUGUCAUGUUUCAUGUCACUCUGUCUGUGCAUUUGGGGAGCACUCAUGAUGCCUGGCAGCACAAGUGCACUGAAUGAGAACAUCGACGUGCUGGUCCUGUUGCCUCUCAAUAACACAUACCUGUUUUCAUACCCGAGAGUUUUUCCAUCCAUUGAGUACGCGAAAGAAACCCUUGGCAAAGAAGAUGAGUUUGCGGGAUUGACGUUCACUGUGCGCUAUGAGAACUCGGCGUGCGGGAUGGAUGCUCUGUACGCGCUGGUGGACAUGCAGAGAGACGAGCGUCCCGACCUGGUCCUCGGUCCGGUGUGCGAGUACGCGGCCGCGUCGGUGGCGAGAGUGGCAUCGCACUGGAACAUCCCAGUAAUCUCAGCAGGUGCUUUGGCCACCGGCUUCAGCAAUAAAAACAGCGAGUACUCGCAUCUCACGCGGAUCGCUCCAACUUACCUGAAAAUGGCGGAGACGUUCCAGACGAUGUUCGGACAUUUCGGCUGGAGAACGGCACAUUUGAUUUACGACGAUGAUAAAGAGGAGAGAAACUGUUACUUUACCUCGGAGGGGGUUUAUACCGUCCUAGAAGAGUACCACAUCUCCACAGAUUUCCUUGUGUUCAACUCUCAGGAAGAGAGGGUAGACGCCGACGAGAUCGUAAAGUCCGUCUAUGGGAGUGAAGUGGUCAUCAUGUGCGCUAAGGCGGACACCGUGCGAGAGAUCAUGCUGGCUGCUCAUCGACACAAAUUAACCAGUGGCAGCCACAUCUUCUUCAACAUCGAGCUUUUCAACUCCUCUUCUUACGGGGACGGAUCCUGGAAGAGAGGAGACAAAUAUGACAAUGAUGCCAAGGCUGCCUACAGCUUUCUCAAUACUGUAACAUUACUUAGGUCCACCAAGCCAGAGUUUGAGGAGUUCUCCUUGAAAAUGAAAAAGUCACUACAGCUAUCGGACAUCCCUGUUUGUGAAGACUGCAGUGCUGUCAACAUGUUUAUGGAGGGUUUCCAUGAUGCUUUGCUUCUUUACGCAAUUGCCUUGCGUGAGGUGAUGAGUAAUGGUCUCACGAAAAAGGAUGGAAUUGACAUCACGCACAGCAUGUGGAACAGGACCUUUGAAGGCAUUGCUGGCCAGGUGUCUAUGGAUGCCAAUGGUGACCGGAAUGGGGAUUUCUCUGUCAUUAGGAUGACAGACCCAGAGGCAGGCACGCAUGAGACUGUCAUGAACUACUUUGGGACUAAUAGAAGUUUCCAGAUCGUGCCUGGCUUUAAGAGGGAAUGGUUCUCUUUGCGAACAGCACCUCUACCCCCAAAACCGUCUGUCCCAUCAUCAGGUGGACUUGGUGUAUCGGCAGUGACUGGGAUAAUAGUGGGGGGAAUUCUGGGAACUGCUCUCCUCUUGGCAUUCUACUUCUUUAGGAAGAAUUACAGGAUAACUAUUGAGCGGAGAACACUUAGAGAAGAGUGUGAUAUCGGGAAACACCGUCAGUUGCGAGAAGAUUCGAUCAGAUCCAACUUCUCAGCAGCGUAGUCUGUUGAUGUAAUCCAGCUAAUGAGGUGUUCAAAUCUGGGGGAAUACGCAUCUCAAAUGAGUCUAUGGGCUCAUCAAACAUCAUCCCAGGAACCCAGAAAUAUUUAUAGACAUGCUGUAGUGGUUUUUUUUUUCCUUGUAAAUGUCUUGCUCUUCAAUUCGUAAACUCAGGAAAGUUUAAUUAUUGUAGGAGAAGAACUUGCAAGGCUUCUCGACUCUGUAAAGAAAAAGGUCUGUUUAAUUUAGCUGCAGGCCUUGUUUUUGUUUAGUUUUUUGUUUUGUUCUGUUUUGUUUUGAGGAAGUCUUUAUUGAGGCCUGUUAGUUCGGUAGAAGUGUCAGCUGACUUGACUGGGGCAACUGCUGGGUCGGUGGGGAGCAGCGAUAAUGAGAUAUUGAGGACUAUAAGUCUUAAGAACUUAAGCUUACCAAAUGCACACUUUCCCCAGUGAACAAGGUCAUUUUUUCCAUCCUAUAGAGAAUGUCCAGUAGAACACACUGAUGAGCAUCAAUUCUUUCUUCUUCUGAGUGUUGUGUAGAUUUUGACAGAAGGCACUGAUGAAUACAAAACGGAUGUAAACUUCAAAAUGAUGUUCCUUUCUGUCAACUGUAUCUCAGCAAGCCUUGAUGUAUCAAAUUUGGCGGUGUGCUGAAACACUGAACUAUUACUUAGUUUUUAUUUAUUCUUAUACAUUUUGAUUUUAAUAAUAGAUUUGAUGUUUUAGUCCCACUAAUGAUAAUAAUCUAAUAUAAUUUUAGCACAUGCCAUAUACAGUAUCAUACACGCUGCUGGGUGCCUCAUAACCAAAUGUUGUCUACAUUUUUGUUACUGCUUUAGAUAUCGUUAAAAUAACAAUUGACAAAACUGACUGUUUUAAACCUAAACCAAACUGUGUCCACCCAUAUCAAUUUUUUUUAAUUAUAGAUAGAAUACAUUUCACAUUUUCUUAGCUGCUGUCUUGCAGUUAUAGCAGCAAAAUCAAUGUUUUCUACUAUCAUAAUGCAGUUCAAGGCUUCACUGAAGGUCUCUUUUCUACCGUUAUCUUUGUUACAGUAGUUUUGUACAGCUAGCUCUUUAUUGUUAGACAUUCUUUGAAUGCUAUAAAGAGUGGAUAAGAUUCAAACACCAGAUGAUACUGCUAAAAUCAGUGAGAUUCUAAAGCAUUGAAAUGCACUUUGUUGCAUCCAUAAGGGAAACUGCAGAGACAAACAAUUUAUUUGGUUUAAAGGUUUGAAAUGUGUAAAAAACAUUAAAAGGCUUUAUGCAGGAAGUUAAAUAAUAGAUAUACAGUAUAGACAUGUCACAGAAUUAUUUUAUAUAUAAAAAAGCCGGUCUACCUAUCAGUGAAAGAUUUUGAAAAGCUAUGUUCAUUCGCAGAAUUUAUAUUGCACAUGUACAUUUUAUAACUUUUUGUCUUUAGAUUGUCUUUGUCAGGACGUGGUUAUCAAUAAUCUGUCAAUGUAAUAUCAUAUAAAAUAUAUUUUUAACAUUUGUGAUGAUUCAGUUUAAGAUAUGUAAAUGUGAGAUGUCACAUUUAAAACCAUUUUUAUGGUUUGUGCAUUAAAAAAAAUCUAGGGUUUUAUUCAAGCUUGGUAUGAUGGCAAUUGUAUACUGAUGUAAGUAAAUGUAUCAGCAUAAGAUGUGAUGUUAUUUAUUGAUAUUUUUGUAGAGGUUUAUUUUCUCUUUUGAUUUUAACAUUGUUUCUUGUGUGAAAUAUACAGAAUCCUUUUUUGAAAGAAAACAGUAUAUCUGCCUUGUCCGUGCAAAUUUGACCUAAUAAGUGUAUUUACAAGGCUUUGUAAACACUCAGAAGAAUUGUAACUUAUUUAGAUUAAUACAUAUUGACCAAUCAAAAAAAAAAAUAAUAAUAAUAAUAAUAAUAAUUAUAUGUAUAUAUAUAUAUAU